GUUAUUCAUCAAACUAAGAAUAUGCCUUACCUCCACUUCACAUUCCAUCUCUUUCUCAGCUUCCUUCCAUAUUCCGCCGCAGCGAUGGCUGAAGCACAUGACGGUGUUUAUUUUCACACUAAAGAGCCUCCCGUUUAUCUCUACCACUUCUGCUCAACCAACAAAAACUUCACUCCCAAUAGUUCCUACCAUUUCAACCUCAACACUGUCCUUUCCUCUUUAUCUUCUCACGCCACCGGCGCCGCUGAAUUCUACAACACCACAGUCAACGGAGGAGACGGAAUCGCCACUGAGGCAAUCUAUGGCCUCUUCCUGUGUCGCGGCGACAUCACACGUCAGAUGUGCAAAAAAUGCCUCGAAUUGGCGAUCCAGAGAAUUGCGUCGCGCUGUUUCUACUCUAAAGAGGCCAUCGUUUGGUAUCACGAGUGCUUAGUUCGGUAUUCGAAUCGUUCCAUCUUCUCCGCCUUGGAGGAAUGGCCGAGGCUUAAGCUCGUGAAUAUCAGUACGAUUCCAAAAUCACCAGAGCAACGCAGCGUCGGGUGGGUGUUGGCAAACACGUUGAACGAGGCUCUGGCAGAGGCGACGGAUGGUGUGGAGGCAGGCGAGAAGAAAUUUGCGACGAGGACGGGAAAAUCGGGGAAUCAAAGGGUGUACGCUCUGGUGCAGUGCUCGCCGGAUCUGAGGAGCGGAGAUUGCCGGAGAUGUCUGAGGGAUAUGAUGGGAGAUAUUUCGUUGUGUUGCCUUGGAAGAGAGAGCGGGAUGGUUCUGUAUCCUAGCUGCAGUCUCAUGUUUGGAUCGCGACUCUUUUACAGAGAAGUUGAAGUCGUGCGCCGUCGUCCUGCUCGUGUUCCACCUGACUCUGUUCCGAUUGAUGGUGGCCAAGGAGACCCAACGCGGGAAGGAGCGAGGACAGUCAGACCACGGAUCAUUAUCAUGGUGGUCAUCCCAGUUGUUCUCACAGUCCUGCUGUUCUAUUUUGUCAUCUAUUCGCUAAGAAGAAAAGCAAGGAAGAGAUAUGCGAUUCUCAAAGAAAACUUUGGAACUGAAUGUACUACUUUGGAGUCACUACAAUUCGAUUUUGCCACAAUUGAAGCAACAACAAAUAGGUUUUCAAUUCGCAACAGGAUAGGCCGAGGAGGAUUUGGGGAAGUUUACAAGGGUACUCUAUCUAAUGGACAAGAGAUAGCUGUGAAGAGACUUUCUGCAAGCUCUGCGCAAGGCAUGAUGGAAUUUAAGAAUGAGAUUUUACUGAUAGCUAAUCUUCAACAUAGAAACCUAGUGAGACUGUUGGGAUUUUGCUUACAAGAGCAUGAGAAGAUACUUGUUUACGAAUUCAUACCCAAUAAGAGCCUUGACUACUUUUUGUUUGAUUCCCAAAAGAAAAAGCUAUUAAAUUGGUCUAAGCGCUUUAAAAUCAUCAAAGGAGUUGGUCGGGCAAUUCUUUAUCUUCAUGAACAUUCACGCCUUAAAAUUAUACAUCGUGAUCUCAAACCUAGCAAUAUAUUAUUGGAUGAAAACAUGAAUCCCAAACUUUCUGAUUUUGGGAUGGCAAGAAUGGUGGCAAUAGAUCAAGAGCAAGAAUGUACAAGAAGAAUAGUAGGGACAUACGGUUAUAUGCCUCCUGAGUAUGUAAAUUUUGGAAAAUAUUCAGAGAAAUCAGAUAUUUUUAGUUUUGGAGUCAUGAUCCUUGAGAUUAUAUGUGGAAGGAAAAAUUCUAGAUCUUAUGAAUUGCCUAACAUGGAUGGCCUUCUGACUUAUGCUUGGAAGCAAUGGAAGUGUGAGACACCAAUGGAAAUAAUGGAUCCGAAUUUGAAAGAAUCUUGCUGUGAAACCGAAGUGAUUAAGUGCAUCCAGAUUGGGUUACUGUGUGUUCAAGAGAAAGCAGAGGACAGGCCUCCAAUGUCAAGAGUUGUUUCUUAUUUAAGCGAUCUUUCAGUAGAAUUACCAUUUCCUCGCGAACCCGCAUUUUUUGAACUUGGUAGGACGGAGCCAGAUUCGGGUCAUCGAUCUGCCAACAAUUCCAUUCCAUCUUCUAUCAAUGAAAUGUCUAUAACUAGAUCCUUUCCUCGUUAGUAUAUGAAGUUUUAAUUUACAGUUUGAAAUUAUUUUCAAAUUUCCUUAUUGUUGCACGGAAUAUAUUUCUUUUUCCCUCUUUGGAACAUGUGUGAUUUCAAUCAUUUUUACCCUUAUUGUUAAGGGCAAACAUGGAAUUGUAUGUCAUAUUUUAAUGAGGUUAA